AUGGAUGAAAUUUUAAAUAACUUAUCGUCGCUGUCUGGAAACUCCUUUGUCUUUUUCAACUUUACUGACAACGUGAUGCACGACGGCAGGGACACGAUAGAUUUCAUUAUCCGAUGUGUAAUACCCUCCGUGUAUAUUCUUAUUAUAACAGUUGGACUGGUGGGGAAUAUUACCUUGGUGAAGAUAUUCAUCACCAACAGUGCAAUGAGGAGCGUGCCCAAUAUUUUCAUAUCCAGUCUGGCAGCCGGAGACCUAUUACUUUUGGUUACUUGUGUUCCAAUAGACGCAUUCAGGUACUUCUUCGAGGAGUGGAUCUUCGGCACCGUGGCAUGUAAGCUUAUCCCUGUCAUUCAACUCACCUCCGUCGGAGUCUCGGUGUUCACCCUCACCGCGCUUAGCGCAGAUAGGUAUAAAGCAAUUGUGAAUCCCAUGGACAUCCAGACCUCAAGUGCGGUUUUCUGGACCUGCCUGAAAGCUGUGUCUAUAUGGCUAAUCUCUGUCCUGUUAGCUGUGCCAGAAGCCAUCUUCUCCCAGGUUGUCCACAUCCAGGACAAGAAUGUCACCUUCACUGCAUGUGUGCCCUACCCACUCUCCAAUGAGAUGCAUCCCAAGAUCCACUCUGUCAUGAUAUUCCUGGUCUACUUCCUCAUCCCCCUGGGCAUCAUAUCCAUUUACUACUACCACAUUGCCAGGACGCUGGUCAAAAGUGCCCAUGACCUGCCUGGGGAAAUCAGUGAACACACCAAGAGACAGAUGGAGACAAGAAAACGUCUGGCGAAAAUUGUCCUGGUCUUCGUGGGCCUGUUCGCUCUAUGCUGGUUCCCCAACCACGUCCUGUACAUGUACCGCUCUUUCAACUACCGGCAGAUCGACUCGUCCCUGUCCCACCUCGUCAUCACCCUGCUGGCCCGCGUGCUCAGCUUCUCCAGCUCCUGCGUCAACCCCUUCGCCCUCUACCUGCUCAGCGAGAGCUUCCGCCGGCACUUCAACAGCCAGCUGCGCUGCAAGAGGCAGCACUACCGCGAGCGCACCACCAGCUACCUUCAGAGCACCUCUGCCAUCCGCAUGACCUCCAUCAAAAAGAACACCCCGCCGACCAUCAACGGGCACAAACAUGAAGUCUCCCUGUAGAUCGCUACAAAUAAGAAAGGUGAUGUUCGGUGGACGGGAUUGCUCGGAUUUAAAGCUUGCCGUGGACACACUUGUGAACCUGCACGCGCUCUGCUUGGGUGUUGGACCAUCCAGAGUUUGGAUAUUGGCCAACACGCAUAAUACUGAGAUAGACAGCAUUCUUCUGCAUGCUCUGCCCGAAAUAUAUCACUCGGGCUUGCCCUGACACAACCUCAUGUGUUUAAAACUGCCAAGAUGCCAAAAACAAAACAGACAAUACCAAACAAAAUAAGUUAAAACAAUGGCUUGUAUGACCAUUCCUUUAAAAUCAAGAAGUUCAUUAAAUAUUAUUGUUAUUAUUGUAUAUCUACCUAUAAUGACAACAGGAGCUGAGUGCACAGAGGUAAUACAAGCCAUGGUCAUUUGCUUGAAAUGUGGAACUCUUCUCUUUGCAUGUGUAAUUGUUCAAGGAAUCCCAGUGAUAACA